ACAUCUUUACUGUUUAUUUUGGUGAAGUCUCUCUAUGGAACUGUAGGACUGUUUUGGCAGGAGGGGGAGAGAGAGGCCUGACUGAAAACCACAGUAAAACUUCACCUGUGUGCAGCACAGAAGCCAGAAGACACUCUGGACAACAGCACUCUUUCAUCUGUUACAAUCUACUUUGAACUAGACAAAAACAGACCACCCUCUUCCACAAUUCAUUAUUUAUUUGCAAGCGUGUUUCGGAGGAUCAUACAAUUUGGAACUGGGCUGCAACAGCACUGGCACAACAAACCAUCAGAAAGAGAGAUUUUGAAAGAGGGAGGGUAUAUCGACAAAGAGUCACAUAGACGGAAUAAUGAAGGCUCUUCAAAAGAACCAGGGAAGAACGGAUCAGAUUUUGGGUGCUAUGGCGGAUAUGCUGACCUCUCUGGCAAUACCCAAUCAGGAGUCGGACUGUCAGGGUAUUGAGCACCUGAAUGUGAAACAGGACCAGAAGACAACAGAACAACCCCUAUGGAACAGAGAGGCACUGAACUUGGAAGAUACACUGUCCCAGGACAGCCUGGAAAGAGUACAAAGAAACAGAGCAAACUCUUACUCAGCCGCUGGCAGUGAGGGCAGUAUCUCCACCUCGGUGGCCUCUCUGCCUCCCCAGGCAUCGGGUAGUUCGGCCCCAAACUCCCCUGGCUCCCGUCGCUCUGUCAGCACCUUGAAGAAGUGGCUGACCAAUCCAGUGCGUAAGCUGAGUGCCGGGGCAGCUGGAGCGGCCAAGGGAGAGCGGCAGUUCAACAGACUGGACAGCAAACCCCCACCUCCUCCAAACAGGACCAGCCAAGAGCUGUGCAACCCACAAACAAUGGAGGAGCAGUUCACCAUCCUGCCAGUCAUAGACAAAGAUGCUGCAUCAGGUUUCACCACAGUACAGGUGACUCAUGUCUUCACUCACUCUGUUUUCAUGAGACAGUGUGAAUUGCACCACACUGUUCUGCCAACUGCUCGGUUGAGCCCUGUGGAGUGGAGAGAUGUUUUUUCUGCUCCGGGCGACUGUGAUCGAGGAAACCUGCAGUCUCACAGCUACCAGUCUGACUCUCCACAGGGAUCCACAGCACUUGGACAAACACAGAUCACCCAGUGCACCAGCCUACAGGCGGAUGACGAUGGCUCCAUGUUGAUGGAUGACAAUUCCAGCCAAUCAUCAGCCACCAUAGACAGUGAAGAGGAUCGUAGGAGUGCCUUAGAAAAAAGCAUGUACGUUCUCAAGGAACUUAUAGAGACAGAGAAGCUUUAUGUAGCUGAUCUAGGAUUUAUUGUGGAGGGUUACAUGGCCACUAUGAAUGCUAAAGGAGUUCCAGAAGACAUGAAGGGAAAAGACAAAAUAGUGUUUGGAAAUAUUCAUCAGAUCUACGACUGGCAUAAAGAUUAUUUCCUGGGUGAGCUGGAGAAAUGCGUGGCCGAGCCUGAGCGACUGGCCCAACUUUUUAUCAAACAUGAAAGACGGCUUCACAUGUAUGUGGUUUAUUGCCAGAACAAACCUAAGUCUGAGCACAUCGUGUCAGAAUACAUUGAGACCUACUUUGAGGAGCUGAAACAGCAGCUGGGCCACAGGCUGCAGCUGAAUGACCUGCUCAUCAAACCCGUGCAGAGGAUCAUGAAAUACCAGCUGCUGCUGAAGGAUUUCCUGAAGUACUACACAAAGGCUGGGAUGGACACUGAAGAGCUGGAGAAAGCAGUGGAGGUGAUGUGUUUUGUUCCUAAGCGCUGCAAUGACAUGAUGAACGUGGGUCGGCUGCAAGGCUUUGAGGGGAAGAUCACAGCACAGGGAAAACUACUCCAGCAAGACACAUUCACAGUAACAGAACAGGACAACAGCUUACUUUCUCGUGCUAAAGAGAGGCGGGUCUUUCUCUUUGAGCAGAUUGUCAUCUUCAGUGAACCAAUAGACAGGAAAAAAGGGUUCUCCAUACCUGGAUAUAUAUUUAAGAACAGUAUUAAGAUAAGUUGUCUGGCUGUGGAGGCAUUUGUAGAGGGUGACCCCACUCGCUUUGCCCUGACGUCCCGUGCGGCUGAUGGUAGUACAGUGCGAUUUGUCCUGCAGUCCUUGUCCCAGGAUAUUUGCAAGGCCUGGGUCACUGAUGUUGGCCAAAUACUGGAGACCCAACGCAACUUCCUCAAUGCCCUGCAGUCGCCCAUAGAGUAUCAGAGGAAGGAGAGUAAAAGCAACAGUCUGGGUCGUAGCAUGAAGCCUCCUCUGUCAGCAACGGCUGGCCUGAGGCCGCACUCCUCAGCAUCUAUCGACCGACACAAACUGCCCUGCCUUCGCUCCUGCAACACCUCAUUGCCAUCUAUCUUCCUGCCCAGUCAGGCCCCCAUUGAUGCCCACUCACAGCCAGAGUCAACACAUGUCCAGCGCUACCCUGUGGACUCCAGACUGAAUUCCCAGAUAAUGUCUCCAGCUCAAGUACAGCUGGCCUUCACUGAAGAGCCAUCUUUCUCCCAGGCACCUCUGAACUGCCAGUCUGCAGUUGCCAAUGGACUGUAUUCUUCUAGCACUCAAGGAACACAGAGCUCAGGAGAGGUAGGUCACAGACCUUCACCAAGAGAGGGCUGUAUGGCUGUUUCCAGUCCCUCGUCCACCCCACAGCGUUCCAGUAACUUGGCCCAACUUGAUGAGGAUGACCUGUGAACCCUGAAUGAAACUGAGAGUAAAAAGAAAUUAACCUUAAUCUGAUGUGUGCACCAGAGCAUGCUACAGUCUGGACUUCAUCACUAGUGGACUGUAUUCACGUCUCUUAUCUUGUGGUAUUCUUCCUAAACCUGUGACGAAUUACCUAGUGACUUUUUUUUGUUGCAUUGUUUCCUUUUUGUUGUCUUUUUAAUGAAGUUGUGUUUUGUGCAAAGGAAAAUCAACCAUUCCUAAAAUGGGAGGCCACUGGAGCAGAAACCAGAAUAAACUGUUGUUUGAGGAUAUGAGUAUGCAUUUAGGCAAGAGUGCAUGUGUGUAUGUUUUUUUUGGGUGUGUGUUUGUAUGCUAAAUGCUGAUGGCUGCAUCCUUGUAAACAUGCUGAAAGUUUUCAAUCAGAGAUGUGCAUUAAAAUCAGAGAACAUACUGUAUUAUAUGAGGGCCCGCAAGGGGCCCGUGCUGGAUUUUAAAGGUUUCGCACUAUUGGUGCCUCUUUAAAAAAGUUCCCUUUCUAUCUUCUGUCUAUAUCAAAUUCUCUUGUGGGCUGCAUCAACUUGUAGGAGCCAAGGGGAAACAGACUUUAAAUGCAGCUAAUUUGUAUAUACCGUAUGUAGUUGAAUGAUAUGUGCAUGGAGACAUGGAGGCUUGGCUUUCUCUUCCCUGAUUGGGUGAGAUACAUACAUGCAGUAUGAGGACUUGCUCAUGGGAAGGACAGACUGCCUGCUUGAAAGAUGCACUGGACAGCAAUUGUCAUGGCAGAAAAAACAUGCAAAAUGAAUGUUUUUUUUUGUUGUUGUUUUUUUAAUCUGUGGUUAAAUUACCCAUUUUGGCUUUGGCUGCCCCCUCCCCUGUAAUGCACAAUGCCAGGCUUACUUUGUAUGUCUAUUGCUACAAAAUGAGGUUUCCAAAUACAGAACGUUGUUGUUAGAGAUACAAAAUAUUGCUUAAUGUAGGCUAAAGGUAAAAUUUUAUAUCAUAAUGUGCCAAAGAGCAGGUGCCAGUACCCUUUACAGAAAAUGAAGGAUAUAUUAAACAUGAAAUGGAAUUUAAUUCAGUGUAGAACAUAAGGAAGAGGAAUCAGUUGUUAUAAUUCAUGGGAAGACAUUAUUACACGAGACUGAGAGAAAAAAGUUAAAGAUGUCAAUUUUUUCCCCCCAAUGUUUAAAAAAAAAAAAACUUUUUAUUGUGUUUUUUUAAAUGCAACCUUGCUUAGCCAUUUGUUAAUGACAAACAAAAUCAUUACUUUGAAAGAUGAAUUUUUUUUCCAAAAGAGGGCGCCAGUGGUCUUUUAGCAUUACCUGUAUAACGAAUUGUUAUUAUUAUUAUUAUUAUUAUUAUUUUUUUUACAGAUACAUUUAAAACCACUUUUAUUACUUCAAAUUGCAACUCUGCACAAAAAGCUUGAAUGCUUUACUGUUGGCAUGUUUAAGAUGCACUUGCAUAAAUAUCCUGAAAAUGAUUGUAACAACCCUUUCUUGCCUUGACUUAAUAUUUUAAACUUUAAAUUAAGAAGAAAUCCAAUCAUUUGACAUAGCCCUGUAUAAACUAAAAGCUUUCCUGUACUGCCUUUCCACAGAUGUGGAUCUGAAUCUUACAAUGUUGCAUGCUAUUUUGAAGAACACCUCUAGAUGAUGAAGGAAAUAAAAAGGAGAAAGAAUUGGACAUGAUCUAUGUGAUGAAACCUACUGUUGUAUUAUAUCAAUUUAAACUGUGUCCUUUUGGAACACAUUGGUGUUUUGGAAUUGUAUUCUCUGUAGUGUGUUGUGUGAUAUAUAUUACUCUCAAGUCACUCUCUGCUUGAGUUUAAUUGAAAGCAAUUGGGCUUGCUUGUCCAGUUGCCUAUCACUGGAAAAAAUGCCUUUAAUCUUUAAGGUAAAAUGUAUUUAUCUGCAUUUAAGAUAUUUAGCAUUUGAAAAUACUCAUUAUUUUUUAGGUAAAACAGCUCAAUUAUAUUGAUUAAAUCCUACAAAAUCUUAUCAUGUUCAUGACACUUAAUUAAAAUACACACGUGAAACUUCAUGAAAUAUUUUCAGGUGAACACAGUUUUCAACAUUAGUGCAUAGUCUAGCUGUAACUGAACAUGAAAGGUAAUUUGAUUGUUUCAAUACCUUUUUUAUGAUAACAUAGACUGUAGCCUAUCGCCACCCCUUCAAACAAGCUCAGCUGAAAGUUACAUUUACAUUUUUUAAGCAAAAUGUUAUACUAAAAUGUUUUUGUUUUUUUAAUUAAUAAAAAUAGCACAUUUUGUUGA